AUGACUCCAUUAAUACUCUACCCGGCGACGUUAACGCCACUACCAGACAUUGCGCUUAAGGACGCCGAUUUGAGGCGCAUUCGCCGGCUUACUCGCCAGCUCAACGACGAUGUCCAUUUUAAUGAACAGGCUACCGCGGACCUUCCCCUAGAGGAAGAUGACGCCGGCUUACGCGAGGAAUCGGACGACUGUACGGUGUACACGUCCCUCUUUACCGGCCUCUUCUAUCGGGUCGUCUACGACGAAGCCUAUAAGGUUAAGAACCCUAAGACGAUGAACGCGAUCGCCAUCGAGAAACUAUACGCGCCUAAGAAGUAG